CUCCAUCCUCCCCCUCACGACAGCCUAAGUCUCAGCAGCAGCAGCAUCCUCCUCCACCCUCUCUAGGCAGCAGCAUCUUCCCCAGCGCCGGCGGUGAGACACGGAGGAGACGCAUCCGAGUGAUGCCACUGCACCAACCGCAUCUCGCCACCGCGACAACACGCCGAGAAUAAAGCGCUUCUUCUGCGAGGAGGGAGAAACACGUUCGCCUGGAGACAUCCACUGCCCAUGAAGAUGUCUGACAUGGUCUUGAACUCCACCGAUCGGAUAGUGAAAUCCGUACCCUUUCCCCUGAGUCACCGCCUUACUAUGAAAGAGGUGUUUGACUGUGAGGGGAAGCCCAGGGUGGAUCUACUGAAAGCCCACCUCACUAAGGAAGGCAGAGUGGAGGAGACCGUGGCCCUCCGGAUCAUCAAUGAAGGAGGAACCAUCUUACGGCAGGAGAAGACCAUGCUGGACAUAGAGGCACCUGUCACAGUGUGUGGUGACAUCCAUGGGCAGUUCUUUGACCUGAUGAAGCUGUUCGAGGUGGGAGGCUCGCCAGCCACGACACGAUACCUCUUCCUGGGCGACUAUGUGGACCGGGGUUACUUCAGUAUUGAGUGCGUUCUAUACCUCUGGUCACUGAAAAUCCUCUACCCAAAGACACUAUUUUUACUGAGAGGAAAUCAUGAAUGUAGACAUUUGACAGAAUAUUUCACCUUCAAACAAGAAUGUAAAAUCAAGUAUUCAGAGCAGGUUUAUGACGCUUGUAUGGACGCGUUCGACUGUCUGCCCUUGGCUGCGCUCAUGAACCAACAGUUCCUGUGCGUCCACGGUGGACUGUCCCCGGAAGUCCAGACUUUAGACGACAUAAAAAAGUUGGACCGCUUUAAGGAGCCCCCAGCAUUCGGGCCGAUGUGUGAUCUGCUUUGGUCGGACCCACUGGAAGACUUUGGCAAUGAAAAGAACCAGGAAUACUUUAGCCACAACACAGUGAGAGGCUGCUCAUACUUUUACAGUUAUCCAGCAGUUUGUGACUUCCUACAGAAUAAUAACUUGUUAUCAAUCAUUCGAGCACACGAAGCACAAGAUGCAGGAUACCGGAUGUACAGGAAGAGUCAGACCACCGGCUUUCCUUCUCUAAUUACCAUCUUCUCUGCACCAAACUACCUUGAUGUUUACAAUAACAAAGCUGCUGUCCUGAAGUAUGAGAAUAAUGUAAUGAACAUCCGACAGUUUAACUGCUCCCCACAUCCUUACUGGCUGCCCAAUUUCAUGGAUGUGUUCACCUGGUCGCUGCCGUUCGUAGGGGAGAAAGUCACAGAGAUGCUGGUCAACGUGUUGAGCAUCUGCUCUGACGAUGAGCUGAUGAAUGACGGAGAAGAGAUCUUUGACGCCAAUGCAGCAGCUGCUCGGAAAGAGGUGAUUAGGAACAAGAUCCGUGCCAUUGGGAAGAUGGCCAAGAUGUUCUCCGUCCUCAGAGAGGAAAGUGAGAAUGUCUUGACUCUGAAGGGUCUGACACCUACUGGCAUGCUGCCCAGCGGUGUGCUGUCCGGAGGCAAACAAACUCUACAGAGCGCAACCAUCGAAGCCAUUGAAGCCAUCGAGACAGAAGAUGAGGACGGAGAAGCCAUCCGCGGCUUCUCUCCUCAGCACAAGAUCACCAGCUUUGAGGAAGCUAAAGGUCUGGACCGUAUCAAUGAGCGCAUGCCGCCCCGCAAGGACGGGGUCAACCACGUGGGCCACUCUAUGGGCAAGAUGAACAUGUCCGAGACCAACGGCACUGACGACAACAGUAACAUCCAGUGAUGAAACGGCUGCCCGCCCACCUGCACCUGUUGAGUCCAUGCCACCCCACGAUGCAUGGCAGGACGUCGCCAAACUCGUGAUUUAAGGCCUCCUGCUUCCAACAAACACCCAAUGAUCACUAACACAUCCCUGCUCCAAUGUUUAAUUCGAGAUCCAAACUUUGCCGGACUUAAAAUCUUUCACUGAAGUGGGUGAGAGGCGGAGUAUUGUCUUGUUUACGGUUUCGCAGCGGUAUACCUUGCUGAUUUCUGCCUGUUCUCUGGGAACGGUGGGGUGGGGGGGUUAUAUGCCUGUUAAGGGCUGAAAGUGUCUUUAUCAGAGAGGGGGCAAAACCUGCCAGUUCCUUUUUUGACUCCGCCCAUAUGCAGGCGGGGUUUGGGAGCUCUCUCUCUUAAGCUGAUCCGUGUAGUUCAUCGGUGCGGUUGUUGAGCCUGUACCAGUUCCACGCACACGUUUUCUUUUCUGAAGUUUCCAUCUCAUAAUGAAAUUAGCUUACUGUUGAAAAUGUUUUGCUACUGGUAUUAUUAUUAACACGAUUUGAAAUGAUGAAACAUGAAAACGUUUGUAAGAAAAGACAUUUAACGACAAAAUGUGUACAUUUUAUUACUUACUGACAAUGCAAUCUUACCUGGGGGGUUUUAUUUAUUGAUUUUGUGUUUGGUAAGAUGCCAUGCAGGUGGUAAAGGGCGGAGCUUAGUGGUGCUGUUUGUCCACCGUAGACUCUUCACAUCAAAAGCACCAUUCGGAUGAAGAAGUACUGCAGUAAAGCUCAACCUUUGGCGCCACCUUCCUGAUUGUUUCUCACCUGCCUGUAAUUCGAAACGAAAAUGCAUAUAGUACAUUUCGCAAAUAAAUAAAUAAUAUAUAAUAUUAUAAAUAUAUAUAUAUAUAUAUAAAUAUAUAUAUAUAUACAAUGAUCUGAGACAAUGAUUUUUAACAGCAUCUAUGGUACUGAACGCAUCAGUGCAUGCAGUUAAGUUCCUUAUUGAUAUGUGAAAUUAUAAUUGUGAUGUGUUUCAAUAUGGUAGACUUGAAUUAUUUCCCUCUUCAAGUUAUAUUUGUAAAGGUCUAGUUUGUUUUUAUAUCUAUAAUAUAAAUAUAUAUAUGAUUUUGUAAUCUUUUAUUUGAUUGACUGAUAUCAUUUGAUGGUUUAUUUAUUUUUGUAUAGUUUUGCUGUACAGGCACUGGCGCUCUUUUCUUUUCAUUUCGUUUGUUUGUUUGUUUUGUUUGUUUCCAUUUCUUCUCUUCGUUCAGUUGGUGUACAGAAGUUGUUCAGUAGUGUGAAUGAACAUAUUACUCAGUGAAAAGCAACAUUCAGGCUGCCAAAGCAUGAUCGCAUGGUUUAUUCAAAUGUAAACAAAUUGGACACAAGGAAAAUUCAGUGUCUCACUUUGAAGAGGACAACUAUAUUAUCAUUAUGAUUCUUGAUGAUAUUCUUAUUAUUCUUACAAUUAAGCUUACAGUACUUUCAUUUCCACUGUUUUUGAUCCUUGUUUGGUCCAGAUGUGGUUUAUUUCAAAGGAGGAAUUUUAUGGAUUUGUGACGAUUUUUCUUGUAAUUUUCUCUGGAACUAAGUUUUCGCAUUUAACUUCCUAAAUGAAAACACAUAUUGUAAGCAUGCCCUAUGGGACAAAUCACUUUUUUUACUCUUGAAUAAAAUAUGCAUGAAC